GACGGACCUGGAGAGACACAGUGGCAGCAUCAGCAACUAGAGCAGCCGUGUCUCUCAAGCUUAAGGAAGAAGAGAGCCAGCCGCUUCUGUGGAUUACAGGAACGUCAGUAAGCCAGGCUGGACUGGAAGUAGUUUUGACUCCUCUCUCUUUCCUUUCAGUCUGUCUUGCCGGCUCUUCCAGCUCUUACUGUGUCUGUUAGUCUUCCUACUGUGUGCUGUAUCAUCCGAGAUCAAUCAGAGGAGAUGCGUGGGGUGCUAGCUGUUAGCAGCGCUAGGUACCGAUAAAGAGAGAGGCACAGGAGAAGAGGGGAGGAUGCCGGCCCCCCUCAGGAUGAGGAGGGGGGCCUGCAGGUCAGCUAUCCCAUCUCUCUCCACCAUCGCUGAGGAAGAGGAGGGCCAGCGGAGCCGCAAGAGACGAAGGAAAGGAGGAGGCUCCGACUGUCUUCUCAGAGCAGAUGACAAGUCAUCAUGGAGCCGACCGGACUCAUCUGCCUCUGGACAGUACACCUACACCAUUCCCAGCCCUACAGAGAUACACACUGCUACCAGACCAGAGCCUCUCAUGCUGAAGAACGAUGAAAGACAGAGACUCGCCCGCGAACGGAGGGAGGAGCUGGACAAGCAGAACGCUGCACGGGGUUCCAAGUGGUUGGAGAGAGAGGAAAAAGCCCGGCAGUUUCAUGAGAGACAAUUGGAGGAGCGCAGGAAAAAGCUGGAGGAGCAGCGGGUGAAAGAGGACAGGAGACGCGCUGCUGUGGAGGAGAAACGACGGCAGAGACUCGAGGAGGAGAAGGCCCGGUAUGAGGCCGUUAUCAGGAGGACCAUGGAGAGGAGUCAGAGAGCCAGGCCCAAGUCUAACCGCUGGAGCUGGGGUGGAACGCUUUCCGCUAGCACCUCACAAAACAACGGUUUUGAUGAUUCUGCUCUCUUUUCAUUGGAUCUAGCUGGGCUGGAGCACUAUCAUGGUGUUUACAGCUUGGCACGCCAGCAGCAGUUUCGAUCGAAAUAUACUGACAGAAGGUCAGUCUCCACUAUGAAUCUGUCCAAACCCACAGAUCCAGUCAUUUCCAAACGCUUGUCAUCUUCCUCAGCCACCUUGCUGAAUUCACCAGAUAGAGCCUUACAGAAGCAGACAUCUCUCUCGUCGUCUUGCUUGAUUAAAAAAACACAAUCUAAAUCCCAAAUCUCCAAAGAGAAGAUCCCUCAGGACAAACCAGCAGGUAUGCGUCGCAUGCCUCUUACUGCAUGGGAGAACACGGUGAUCAGUCGACUACAGACACCAACACACUCCUACCUGGCCAGAAGUCGCAGCGCCAUGUCUUUGUCUGGAGAAGCAGUGACCCCCGUUUGUCCUCGCUCAGCCUCCUGUCACCCAAUGAGCUCCAUGUCCUUCAAGUCCAUCCAGUCACGCAGCGCUGAGCGACCGAUCAAAGCAGGCCUUAAUCUCGAGAGACCGAUGAGAGCAGGGUUUAUUCCUCUGGACAGCAGCGCUCGCAGAAAGACCACACAGAAUUUCCCGAUUGACAGGAAAGAUAAGGACAAUGUGAGAAAGUCAUGGAGUAACCUGGCAUAUCCAACUCCUAGUCUGAGCCUGUUCACACCCAAGAGAUCUCCUUCACCUGUCAGUCAUCGCAGCAGGGUCACCAAUCCAUCGCCUAACAGGGGCUUGACUGCUAAACCCCCUCAGAAGACACCUAACCCCAAAAAGUCCAGGUCUCCACCUCCUCCAGCAUCAAUUCCUCUCUCUCCAAGCAACCCGUCUUUAUCGCCAGGCAAUCUCAGGCCUAACAGAGUGACAUCAGAGAGCCCGAAAGUUACCCAAGAAGGAGAGGGGGCCAAAAAAGAGGAUGUUGAACCUCCCAAAACUGAACAAGAGGCUCCUGCAGCUAAACCGGAGCCGUCUGCUGAAGGUUCAGGAAGUCCUCCAACAUCCCGGCCCUCUGCAGGCACAACAGAUCCUGAGGAGGCAUCACGUCUGCUGGCCGAGAAACGACGGCAGGCCAGAGAGCAGAGAGAAAGAGAAGAGGAAGAGAAGAGACAGCAGGAAGAGGCUGAAAGGCGCAGCAGGGAGGAGAUGGCCCGCAGGAAGGCAGAGGAGCGGGCGAAGAGAGAGGAGGAGGCACAGCGGCAGGCAGAAGAGAAGAAGAGACGAGAGGAAGAGGCGAAGCGUUUAGAGGAGGAGAAAGCACAGCGGGAGAGAGAGGAAGCUGAGCGCCUGCAGAAACAGAAAGAGGAAGAGGAGGCUCGCCAGAGAGAAGAGGCAGAGCGUUUGCGUCUUGAGAGAGAAAAACACUUCCAGAAAGAGGAGGCUGAAAGAAUGGAGAGGAAGAAGCGCCUUGAGGAAAUUAUGAAACGUACACGCCGAUCUGAUCAGAAAACCCCCCAACAGAAUAAUGGUGACGUGAGCCAGCAGAGUGGACAGAAUUCAGCGAGCUCAAUAUCCAGCAGCCCUUCAGUGACUCUCUCGGCCUCUCGGGCUCCAGAGACCUCUGAGACGGUGUGCAGUGACAGUAACGGACACACGGGGCCCAGCUUCAUUACUCCCAUACUGCCCACAUCAGGUCACAGUGGGGCUGCCCAGCUUCUGCCCAGAGAAAACGGCACCGUCACAGAGGCCUUCGAGGAGGUCAUAGAGGUUCCUGCGGCGACCAAAUUGUCCCGUCAAGAUGGAGAUGGUGAGGAGGUGGAAAAUGAAGAAGAGGAGAAGAAAAAGCUUCCUUUAUUGGCUUUCAGAGAGAACGGCAGCAUGCAUAAUGUGAGUGGACUGGAGGAAAACCCGGCACAGUAGAGUUCAGGUCAGUCAGUCCGGACACAACAUGGAUUUGGGGUGACGUGCGAUGGCCCCUUUACCUUAUUUAGAUUACUUCCCAUUAUAGAUGUUCGAACAUUUAUAAUGAUGGAAAUGCAACAUGCAACACUCAGAUUGAAAGAAAACCGAGUCGGAGGGAGACCCCUCAAUGCACUUCAUCUGACACCUAAAAUGGCGAAGAGAAAUUACGAAAUUAAGAUCUCUUGGCCUCUACUUCCUGUAAUCCGCUCAUGUCUCCUCAAACUGAAGUGGUGCGCCUUAGAAACCCACGUCUUCUGUCUUUUUGGGGGGGACCAGCAUUGUGGUGACUGAAGUCACAUCUAAUACUUGAAGAAAAGUCUCGUCGCUGUCGUGGAAACUCCUGUGAAGUGCUAACCACAAGGAAUGUGUGACAAGAGAAUGAUGUUUGUUGUGUUUGCUUAGAUUUAUGGCAAAACCCAGUUUUGCUCUCGUUAUGCCAGCAAUUGAGUGGCUGAACUCUCUGCUUAGUUUUAUAAUUACUGUUCGAAUGAAGAGAACGUAUUUUCUUCCCUCUUUGCAAAGCUUGAACAGAUUUUUGCCUCUUGAAUUUUGAAUUUUGAUACGGUUUGCAAAGACCCGGUCUCACUCAACCCCAAACGUACGGCUCUCUACGUUAAUCUAAGCGAAGCAAAACCACCAUCACAAUUUAUUUUUUUUUGAUAUGACUGGGUGAAUCAGGGUUACUCAGGAUCAUAUUCAUGAUUAUAUUUAACUCAAAAUUAAAUGGAAAAAAAUGUUUAUUUAAUCACACCCUUCCAUUUCUUAGUACAGUAAUUGUGAGAAAAAUGACAUAUUAUGUACAGUGUGAAGUAUGUACAUUGUGUAAACUGCCUAUAAUUAAUGCUGAUUCAAAUAAAAAUGUUUAUGACCUUUUUUCCAUUAGAUUUUGGGUUGAAAUGUGACCUGGAUGUGUUUUUGUGAGGUUCACCCCGCUGUUGUUUUCAGUAACAUUAAUCACGAAAGCAACUUGUACUAUAGAAACGUAUUCUUAUAUGAAAUGUAACGUCUAUUUCAUCGGUAGAACCCAUACAAUCUAAUCAUUAAAAAUCCUUCAAAAGUAAUAAUAACAUAACAUAAAAACACGCAGAAUCUCUUUAAAUUGAAAUGCUGCUACCUAUGUCUUUCCUCUGCCUUAUCAGAUGAAGUGAAGUUUUGAGGAUUUGUUUAUAGAGCUGAUGUUAAAGGGCUGAUUUUUUUUUUUUUUUUUUUUUAAUCCUGUACAUUAAUAAGCUCGUUACACAUGCUGUCAGCCCUGUGAGUCCUGCUGCAUCACGUAGCUAUUUUCAUCUAAGCCCUAUGAGCCAAGCCCAUCAAUAGUUCAUAGGGCUUAUGGAAAACCAAGUAUCCUAUAUAGGACAUUAUUAUAACGCGAUUUAUCUUAUAAGACUAUCUCGGUUCGUUUUUGUUGUAGUCGGUAUCAGUGAGUAGUCGGCGGACACCGUGCAAAAAAAGUAGCAGGGAUCCAUUACAUAUCUUGAAACCGAGAAAUUGUAAAUCUUGAUAUGCAAAUGCUCAAAAAGUAUACAUAAAUCUUGCACAAAAUCCGUUUCGUAUGAGGGCGGGUGUAGGAUUGAAACGAGCACAACUUGUUUACUGAGACGUCAGGGAGCGAUUUCUCAGUGAAGACUUAUUUAAAGAGCACUUCUGAUAAAGCGCCCGCGUGCCCUUGACCUAACCAACAGCACUGAGUACCACUUUAAUAAACUGAAGUGUUUUCUCCCAACCAAGUCGAUCUAUAUGCAUGUACAAAUGAUGAAAAUCAAUAAACUUUUUAUCUGGAAAUGA